AUGGCUGCUGGGAUGUUGGCACAGUUACUGAAAAAUCGACAACCAUUAAGCCAGCUGGUGUUAACCACUCCGGGAUGCGAUGAUUCCAAUUCAGGAUCGCCUUCGACGUCACCCAGCUCUGUUUCUUCCUCGUCUUCGACUGAUAAAACUGACAAUCGCGACCUUUUCGUAUUCUGCCCCGACGCGCCCGAUAUGCGGCGGGAGGAAGAGAGGCUGAAAUCAUUUGACAAGUGGCCUCUAUCAUUCCUGUCCCCCGAGCUUCUCGCGAAAAACGGAUUUUAUUAUCUCGGACGAGGAGACGAGGUGAGAUGCGCGUUCUGUAAGGUGGAAAUCAUGAAGUGGGUGGAAGGUGACGAUCCUGCGAAAGACCAUCAGCGAUGGGCUCCGCAGUGUCCUUUCCUGAGGCGCCAAUCGGGCUCGGGCAACAUUCCUCUUGGCUCUCAGACAGCGGUCGGCCGCGACGAGUGUGGCGUCCGAGCGCCCCCCGCCCCCAACUCUAUCCGCAUGCCCGGUCCAGUACACCCUCGGUAUGCUUCAGAGGCCGCUCGAUUACGCACCUUUAAGGAUUGGCCCCGCAGUAUGAAACAAAAACCCGAGGAACUUGCCGAAGCUGGCUUUUUCUAUACCGGUAACGGAGAUAAGACGUUGUGCUUUUAUUGUGACGGGGGUCUUAGGGAUUGGGAGAACGACGAUGUACCGUGGGAGCAACAUGCUCGGUGGUUCGAUCGCUGCGCCUAUGUACAACUCGUAAAAGGGCGGGAUUACGUACAAAAAGUUAUUUCGGAAGCUUGUGUCAUACCCGCUCCCAAGGAACAAAAAGAGACACCUGCCCCCGCACCCCCCGCAGAAAAGGUUAACAGUGAAAAGGAAGAAAACCCCAUAGAAGACUCAAAACUUUGUAAGAUUUGUUAUAACGAGGAACGUAACGUUUGCUUUGUACCUUGCGGUCAUGUUGUGGCCUGUGCGAAAUGCUCUUUGUCGACCGACAAAUGCCCCAUGUGUCGAAGGACGUUCACAGACGCAGUGCGACUAUACUUCUCAUGAGAAGCGUUCAUCAGUAGAGGACUCGUUACUAGUCAAUUCACCGGGCGCCCCUGACUCGUGCUGAAACCACGCUCUGUGAAACACCGCUUUAUCUGUGAUUUUUUAGACUAUGUUUAAAUAUGAAGCGGUGGGGCAACCUUAGUACUUCGGGCAAGUUAGAUUGACAAACGGGAGUUUAUUGUAAUUUGAAAUGAUUUUAAAUUAUUUAUUGUCUAUUAAAAACAUUAAUGUACUCUGUAAAUAAUCUAUUGUAAAUAUUAGCUUAUCAUUUUGUCCCACCGGCAAAAAUGAAAGUUGUAAAUCUAAAACUUUCUAAUGCAAUGACAAAGUCGUCGCGCAUUUAUUAAUAUAAAUAAUAGAUCACGCUUAAAACUUGUUUAGUUAUGAACUUUAAAAAUAAAACAUUACCUAAAAACUAGUAUCCUUCAGAAGCGCUUAGUAGGGAUUAAAAGACUUUGUUGAUUGCAUUAUAGAAGUUUAACAAAUAAUUAAUGUAAAUGUAAACAUUGAAUUUAAUUGAGCGAUUUAUUUUUUCCAUUAUAAUAUUAAAUAACUGCACACAUGUUUCAAAUUAAUAUUGUUGCAGUAACAUUAUGUAUAAAUAUGACUACAUAUGAAUAAUUGUUCCUGUAAAUAUUUAAUUUUGACAAUAACUGGCUAUUUAAAAUUUAUUAGGUAGACAUUAUGAUAAGCAGAGUGUAAAAAUGAUUUUUGGUACAGAAUUAGCAGCCAAUGCUCCAAAACAAUUUAGGAAUUUGUUUAACUUCUGGUAACAAAUUGAGAAACAUCAUUGAACGGGUUACAAAAUUGCAUUUAAAAUUCGGUUACAAAUAUCGUAAGAUUUAAGACGAAAUAAUAAUUGAACAUAAAAAAAAAUAUUUUAAAUAAUCAUACAAUAACUAA